UUUUACUACAAUUUUACCAUGUCCUAGACUCUUCUCCGACCUCCCACCACACAAACUCCAUUUCUUCCCCCACACCACCAACUCCAAAAAAGGCGGCUCCUUUUUUUUCGCCCUUUCCGCCGCCGCCGCCGCCGCCGCCGCCGUCACCGUCACCAACGGCACCACCUCCGCCGCCAUCAUCCCCAAUGGGCUUCCCCUGCCUAUGCUACACCGUCAUCCUACCCCGCCCCGUCGCCCUUAUCGUCCACCUCCUCGAUCUCCUCAAGCUCGCACUCUCCGCCGGCCUCUUCUUUCUCGGCCUCCCCUCCUCCUCUGCCGCUGCCGCUGCCGCCAUCGACGACCUCGACGCUUUUCCCUCCUACCUCCUCCCCGACUCCCACCUCCCUCCUCCCGCCUCCGUCAAGUCCCGCCUCCCCGUCGUCCGCUUCUCCGCCCUCCGCCCCAACGGCGCGGCCAUCUGCUCCGUCUGCCUCGACGCCCUCUGCCCCCGCCACGAGGUCCGCCAGCUCGGAAACUGUGCCCAUGCCUUCCACAAGCACUGCAUCGACAAGUGGGUCGACGUCGGCCAGCUCACCUGCCCUCUCUGCCGCGCCCCGCUCCUCCACCAUCAGCCUCCGGAGGAGGAUGAGGUCAGCCCUAGAUCUCACACUAUUAGCUAGGGCUCCUGCCUGUUCCGAAUCCCUAAAUGUGCCUAAUUUUCUUCUCAAUUUGUUGAAUAAUCGGGCGAUUGAGUGCCAUCAACAGUCCUAAUGUAUAGAAUUGGUUACAGAUCGACUAACAGAUCGCCUGACCUUGAAACUAA